AUGGACCGCACGCGGACGAGCGGAGCAGCCGACGCCUCGCGCAAGCGCAAGCGCGGGGCGCUGCAGGACAUCAGCAACAACAGUAAGACGGCGUUGCAGCCGCAGGACGCGUCGCAGCGCCGCGCGAGCCUCGUCAAGAAGGAGACCAGCGCAGCAGAAGAGGCAGCAAAGCCCAAGCCACAGGCGCCACGCGCGUCGACGCGCCGUCGGUCGACGACUGCGACGGGUCUCUCGACGCGCAAGAGCUCUGGGGCGUCGACUACUGGCCAGAAGACGAACAAACGCGUCAAUGGGAGCAAAAAGACGGACGCGUUGCGCGCAAAGAAGCGGAAAGUAGAGGGCAAUGAGACGCAGACGGGGCAUUCCAAGGUCCAGACGAGCAUGUUGUCGUUCCAAGCGGCUGCUGUUGUGAAGGUGAAGGAGAGGACGGACGAAGCGGUGGCGAAGGAGGCGGUGGCGAUUCAGGAGGAGCAAGAAACGGACAGGAAGGUGGUUCAUGACAAGACGGAAGCUGUUGUGGAUGCUGGAAACGAUGAGGACAGAAAGACUUUGACUGAUGAGGAGGUGGAGACGAGUGAGGGGGGACGGGACGAACAGACGCAGGUGGUUCAGGUUGAUCGACAGUGUGGGGGAGACACAACUACGUCGACGACUGCUGCCACGACUGCUGCCACGACUGCUGCAAUCGCUAUUGCUGAGCGACGCGACGAGUAUGCGCCUCGACCGUAUACUUUUACGUACGACCACAAGAGUUCGUGUUUCGACAAGGACACGUACGCUGCGACUGUCCGUGAUAUCGACGCUCCGUCUACAACGACGAGCUCACAUCAGGCAAAGUUAGUGCGGGAGCUGGACAGGUACUACCGGAAACACGAAGUGAAGUACUUGCCCGAAGCGGAUUACAUUGGUACGGUCCAAACGGACAUAAACGAGAAGAUGCGGACAAUCCUGAUUGAUUGGCUUGUCGAGGUCGGCGAGGAGUACAAGCUGGACUCGCAGACGUUUCACAAGGCUGUGAACUUGGUGGAUCGCUGUCUCAAGAAGAUUCGGAUCAAUCGCAAGCAGUUCCAGCUGCUUGGGUGCGCGUGCAUGAUGAUCGCCGCAAAGUUUGACGAAGUCUACGGUCCGAACGUCGAGGAUUUCGUUUACAUAUCCGACCAGACGUACACUGCAGACGAGAUGCUUGAUAUGGAAGCACAAGUGCUCCGCGCACUAGAAUACCGCAUCGCAUCGACCACGUGCUAUGGUUUCCUGCAUCGCUACAUGGAAGCAGGGUGUGCAACGGCCAAACAGCGGUCAUUUGUGUCGUACCUGUGUGACUUUGCACUGUUGUACUACCACAUGGUACGGUACAAGCCGUCGAAGCUGGUGGCGUCUGCUGUAUACCUCGCUCGUGUCACUACGAGCGAGACAGAGGCGUGGACUCCUACAUUGCACCAUGUGACCAAGUACAAUCCUGUAGAUAUUCAGGACUGCAUCGAGGAGCUCCACCGUCUCCACUCGAUCGAGUCUGAGGUGGUUGACUCCCAGCGCGAUAAAGCAAAAGCUGUGAGCGAGAAGUACUUGGCGGACAAGUUCCAUAAGGCCAGCAGCAUUCCAGCCUGCAGCAAGAGCCGGUUGACGGACUCGUUUCCUCAAUACAAGCCUUCCUAA